AUGGAGAGUGGAGAUGGCACCGUGGUGGUAGCACGAGCACCCGCGCCAGCACCGCCGUCGCCGGCGGAAGAAAUCCUUGGCUCAGUGACCACCUUCUGCAUGGCGGAAGAUCCCGAAAAUGGGCACACACUGCGAACGAGCGCCCGGGUGAAGCACAAGAUGCGAAUCCAGGACUCGAUUCGCUGUAACCCUCCGCCGGUCGGAAGCGAUCGGAAGGAGCCGAACAAAGCGAACGCACCACCGACCGGUGCGGCACCGGGGCCGAAAACGCCGGGCCAGCAGCAGAAGCGGAUGCGCGUCAUCUGGAGUAACCACGAUAAAAAUCUGUUCUUCGAGGCACUCAACGAGUACGGCAAGGAUUUCGAGGCGAUCCUGAACUACAUGAACAGCAAGAAGCGCCGCAAGGAGAGUGUGGCCGACGGGCAGCAGACUUUCAAGAUAAAGGACGUGCGGCUGCUGUACUACCAGAUCAAUCAGACGGUUUCGAAGUAUCUAAACUUUUCGGACGAAAUCCGCAAGGAAGCCCAGGAGCUGUACGCCCUGAUCAACUACGGCGAGAUGCGCAAGAAGGUGCCGUUUCAGAACAAAAAGUAUCUGCACAAACUGAAGGACCUGGUCUGCAAAGGGUUCACGACGGUGCGCGAGAAGGGCAAAAAUAUACGCAUCAAAACGCCGUCCUGCCGGGCGCUCCGGAAGCUGAACCAGCUGGAGGAGUGGCAGGAGGAGAUCAAGCUGCCGCCGCGGGUGGACGUGCUGCUCAAGCCGUGCACGAUGGCGGCCUGGGCCCGGGUCCAAUCGUUGGCGCAGAAUCCGUGCGUGCGGAUUACGGUCACCAUUCAGAAGCGGCUGUCGGCGCUGCUGCAGCUGUUUCAGCAAAAGUGGCGCACGCAACACCAGCGUCUGGUGGAACGCGUGGAUGAGAUGAAAAAGGCGGCCCUCUCGAUACCGUCGAAGAUUCCUCGGCAGCGCCUGUUGAACGAUGUCCACUUUUGCUCCCAAAUAGCGGCUACGGCGGCAGAAGGCGCAGAACCUUCACCAUCGGCCAGCGUGCUGCUGCACUUUCGGCCACUGCAGUCCGCCAUCAUCCACCGACCGAUGAUCAAUUUGAUUGAGUUUCAGAGCAACACCAGCAUCUGUCUGAACUCGUACGAGCGCCGAAUAGGCGUGAAGGUACGCAGCGAGACACUGACCGGCGAUAAGUUGGCCAAAGAUUGCAAAGAUCGCCCACCAGCGAACGUCAAGCGGCAACGGUGUGACAGUGGCUCGGACAAGGUGGCACCGGACGGCAAAAAGAUGAAGCCGGCCGGUGACGCGAAAGACGAGAAGCACAGCACCCUCCUGGUCCUGGAGUUACCGUUGGGCGAUAGUUGUAAGUCAUCAAACUCGUGCAGCAGCGAACAGAUGGAGCUGAAAGAUGUGGAUUACCUCGGUGACGAUGCCAAGCCUGGUGGCAGUGCUUCGACAUCAUUUUUUACCCUACACAGUCUUCCCGGAAAGCUUGAGCUGGACCAGAAGCGGACCACCGCCACGCAGGAACUUUUCAAUUUGCAUAGCGAUACGUCGAGCGAUGGAUUUGUCGCGGUCGAAGGUGACGGCAAAGGUCACGCGGAUAACAAUGGAAACUCGGCCGGCGAGGACGUGGCGAAGCCCCCGGUGAAGCGAAAGUUGCAGCCCAGUAGGCGGAAAGGCUCGAAGCCCGCGCUACCCACGAUCAAUGAGUUUAGGCCGCUGGUUUCCGAGAAAGAAAUUCGGAAGAUACGCGACGGUUGGACGAUGGCCAACGCAGGCGAUCUGACCGUGGGUGAUCUGUACAUCAUAUUCGGGGAAGACAUGAAGCUGAACCUGGAGUACGAUUGGCGGCUCGCGGCUGAGACUCGCGAGGUGGGCGAAGAUGACGAAGGAACCGCCGACGGUCAGGCGAGUGAGGUUCCGUUGAACCACGCAGUUAUUGCGUCACCGCACACCGACAGCAGCGUGGCAGCGAAAGAGGAUGCUACGUGCAGUAGAAUGGGUAGUAGCACUAGUAGUAGCAGUAGUAGCAGUAGUAGCACUAGCAGUAGCAGCAUCAGCGUAAGUGGUCGUCUCAAGCAGCUGCUGCUGUUGGUCAACUUGGGCGAUAGGACUUUCAAGAAAAAGUGUCUCUGUGGACCUGGUAGUGAUCGAAAACCAAAGCGAAUAGAUAUUGAUGGCGAUUCGUUGCCGACACCGUGCGACAAUUGUGCACUCUUCAAGCAGCCCAUGUUGCCCGUACGCAGCACCAACAGCAGCCUCAUGUCGAACCUCCACAUACCGUCGCAGGUGCGGUACAAGCAGAAGCGUUGGUGGCGAUCUCGGAUCAAUCAUCAGCAUACGCCGCACCAGCAACCGAUGCCACUGCAACCGCUGCCACUGCCUUCCGGUUCGGUCCGAGCGCAUCCGUCAUCGCACUCGGUUAUUAGUAGUACAUUAAAGGACAUCAAGAAUCGUGCCUUACUCGUCGCGGGAGCGAAUAGCGUCGCACCGGAAGCGAGCAGGAACGCCCGCCACAGCAUCUACGUGGAGGAGAACGCCAACGAUAUCGUGAAGCCGCUGACGCCCGCCGCAACGGCAACCGAUGCGUCGUCGUCGUCGUUCACGGGCCGACGCAGCAGCACCGAUGAGGACAGCUGCAUAAGCCUGUUUGAUGUGUCCCUUCCGUCGACGUCGUCCUCGUUGAUGGCAAACAUUUUCACCUCCAGCGGGGAAUCGGUGGACAACGUUUCCGAGAUCCUGCCCGACUCGGAGAUCGAGGAAAAGAUGCUGGACACGGACUUGGCCGACAUUUCGUUGACCAGCGUGUUCGAGCGGUUCGAUGCGGCGUUCCGCGACCAGCACGACGAAGACGACGAUCAGCUUCCCCACGGAAUGCCUCAAAAGGACAACGACAUGGCCAUAUCAGAGCUCGGAGAGAGCAGCAUCGAUUACAUUGCGCGCUUCGAGGCGAUUGCCGCAGAACUCAGGGCUCAACAGAACACUUAG